AUGAUGUCAACGUUGAGAAGUUCAUUCAGUGCUCGUCAAGUGAGGUGUUUUUCUGCAAUUUUGGAGAAAACUUGCGUUCUCAAUCCACCUGAGCAUCACACGAUUGAGGACAAUUGGAGCAUGGCGAAGCCUUACGAAAGCAUUCCCGGACCGUCGGCUUUCAACAUGAUCAGGAGUUUCAUGCCAGGCGGAAGAUUCAGUUCGCUGCAAUUUUCAGAAGUUAGUCGCGCCUUGAGCGCCGAAUACGGGCCGAUUUUCAAGAUUAAAGGUGCUUUUGGACGGAAAGACGUGAUUGUCGUUGUGGAUCCGAAGGACUUUGAGACUGUCUUCAGGACUGAGGGCAGUUUUCCACGGCGAAAUGGAUUUGAGUGUCUCACUUACUACCGGAAGCACUACCGCAAGAACUUGUAUGCCGCCUCUUUGGGCUUGAUGAGUGAACAGGGCCAGGGAUGGUAUGAUCUUCGACAUCAAGUCAACGGCGUUAUGAUGAAGCCUCAAAGCGCGAGAAGAUACAUUUCAGUCAUUGACGAAGUCAGCAGUGAUUUUGUGAAGAAAUUGCACGACUUGAGGGACUUGAAUUUGGAAACACCGGGCAAUUUCUUCUUCCACCUGAAUAUCUGGGCAUUAGAAUCGAUCGCUCAUAUCACGAUGAAUAUGCGACUUGGACUUCUGAAUGAGACCAACAGAGAUAAGAAUAUAGAUCAACUCAUGGCAAACACUAAAACAUUCCUCCAAUUGCUAAACGAACUCGAUAUCCGACCUUCUGUAUGGAAAUUGUACAGUACACGAAAAUUCAAGCAAUUCGUUCAAGUCAAUGAUGAGAUUCAUGAUGUUCUAGAGAAAUUGGUGGAAAAAGGACUGAAAAAUUUGAAAGAAAACACUGAUAAAAGAGCAAAAAGCUCUCAAGAAAAAUGCGUUCUGGAAAGAUUAUCCGAGAUCAACAGAGACGUGGCAAUUAUAAUGGCAUUUGAUUCUCUUCUGGGUGGCGUUGAUACUACUUCUUCUGCUGUCUUCAAUCUCCUCUACAACUUGGCAACAAAUCAGGCGAAACAGGACAUUCUGAGGGAAGAAUUGCUGAAGAUUCUGCCUGAAAAGGACACGCCAUUGACGAAGGAAAACAUGAGCAAUAUGCCUUACUUGAGAGCCUGCGUGAAGGAAGCUCUAAGAGUGACUCCAGUGACAAUUGGAAAUAUUCGAUCCACCGGGAGAAAUAUUGUUCUGCAAGGCUAUCAAAUCCCUAAGGAAACUGACAUACUAAUGCACACUCAAGUUGUUCACUUGGACGAGAAGUACUAUUCAGAUUCGAAAUCCUUUCAUCCCGAGCGUUGGCUGAGAUCAGAGGACAAACGCGAGAACUACAAUCCCUUCACGUUUCUUCCUUUUGGCUUCGGGAGCAGAAUUUGCGUUGGACGCAGAUUUGCGGAACUCGAGAUUGAGUGUUUGGUGGCGAGAAUGGUGAGGAAAUAUCAUCUGGAGUGGAAUCAUCCGCCGCCAAAGAUCCGCUUCAUGGCCAUUAAUAUGCCUCACGGUGAUCUGAAGCUUCGCCUCCGAGAAACACUUGCCUAA